CUGGCUAUUGUACGGUUACCUCUGUUAGCUGACUGACUGACUUGCUGAUGUUGUGUUGCUGUUUGGUUGACUCACUAACUGACUGCCCUGCGACUGUUCGCACAUUGGAGCAUCGCCGAAAACUACUAGCUCGCGGUGAUCUCAGUCUGAAAUAACAACGGAGCUGUUCAACAACUGACGCGGAUAAAAAAUCGAAUAUAAAUUUACUGUACCUAACGGAAAAUUCUAAAAUUUUGUUUCUAUCAAAGUAUUCAAAUUCGUUUUCAAAUAUAUUUACGAUUCUACUAAUUAUCAAAAGUCAGCAAAAUGAGUUGUGGCAUCUCUUUGGUUAAAUACCUUUUAUUCUUGUUUAAUUUGUUAUGUUCGAUAUGUGGCAUACUGCUUAUCGUCUUUGGCAUCCUGCUCUUCAGCAAUAUACACAAUAUCGAUGACAUAGCAGAGGCAGUACAAACACAACAAGUGCCCAUUACAAUGAUCGUCUUGGGUUCGGUGAUAUUGUUGAUAUCCUUCUUCGGUUGCUGUGGAGCGAUACGCGAAUCGUACUGCAUGUCGAUGACGUAUUCUGUCCUGCUCUUUGUGCUGAUGAUCGGCCAACUCGCCUUGGUCAUUUACAUGUGGGUACAAAAGGAUAAAUAUUUGGUAAUGAUGGGCGAUGUUGUCGAAAAGGCAUGGGCGCGUCGAACGCGCAAGGCGGACUACAUGGAUGCCAUACAAAUUAGCAUGGAGUGCUGCGGCAAAAAUUCCUAUGUGGACUACUCAUUCCAAGGCUACUAUCCACCAUCGUGUUGCAAGGACAAUAGCUGUCGCAUCGAGAACGUUUACCGUAAAGGCUGCAAGCAGGCAUUCGUUGAUUUCUGGGAUAAGAAUAGCGAUAUAAUUAAGUAUGCCGGUCUGGUUAUUGCAGCUAUCGAGUUUGUUGGUUUCGUAUUUGCCUGCUGCUUGGCGAAUAAUAUUCGCAAUUACAGGCGUCGCUCUGCCUACUGAGUUUGCUGAGUGCCCUCCACAGAAUCUCAAAUUAUUUUGCAAAUAUAUGUAUAUGUAUUUACAACAACAAUAAUGUAUGCAAAAUUUAUGUGAAAUCAAAGCAAUCAAAAUCCAUCGAAUUCUGUAAUAAAUGUACAAUAAAACACAAAAUUUAGGCCUGCGCCCAAUUGCAUAUACAUACGAGUAGGUAUACAUACAUGAGUGUAUGUGCAUGUAUUAGUUUUAGAAAUUCUUUUUAAUAUUUAAAAUAAAACUUAAAAAAACACAUUCGUAAAUCGAGAAAAAUUCGAAUACUACUUCCGUAAUCAUAAAUCACUUCACAAAACGAAGAGUUUCUCUUUUCGCUGGCAAAUCUUUAGAUAUUUAUGCUCAUUUAAUACUCUUUACCUAAGCGACAGUGCGAGUUUACAUAAAAAUAAUGAUUUGAAUAAUGAACAAAAACCAAUAUAUUGAUUUUUUUUAAUUUUUGUAAAAUGUUUACUAAAUAUUAUAAAAUGUAUAAAUAUGUAUAUGUAAAGUGUAUAGCUUACGAAAAUUCUGUGCUUGCAGUAUUUAUGCUCAAUGUCGCAACGCCGUUUUUUGCUAUUAAUUAUGUAUAUACGUAUAUGUAUAUUUUUCUCUAAAAUUAGACAGUCUUAAGUUUUGCAAAAAUUUUCAUCAAUAAUACUUACAAUUUUCUAUGUAAAUAUGUAACAAGCGAUUCACUUUUAGAAAUAAAAUCGUUUAAUAAAGCUA